CACUCGUCUGUUCUCUUGCCCGUCAAUUCCAUUUUCAAGUCCUUAUCUUUCUCAGCCUUAACUUUCAACCUUCACAAGACCCCAUCCCAGUUUUAUGCCCUCUCCUCCUUCUAUUUGGGAAUGUGUGCCUCAAGACUUCAUGAAGAUCACCUAUGGCGCUGUUGUUCGUGAUUUUGCUUGCUCGUUUGGCCUUGCUGUUCGUGGGAUAGACGGGCAAGUUCUACUGGCAUCGAGAUCUCAACACCAAGGAGGUUACGAGCCCUAUCUAGCAGAGCUUUUUGCGGUCAGGGAAGCCAUAUCACUAGCAUUUUCAAGGAGUUUGCUUCAUGUCAUUAUUGAAGGUGAUUAUGAAAUGGUGAUCCUGCAACUGGUUUGUAGAACGGUGGAAGAUUCGCUAGGCAGUUCACUGGUUCAAGAGUGCCGUCAGCUUCUGGUUUCGUGUUCUCUUUGUAUAAUUUUUAAGGCUAUUUCGUGGAUUACCAACUGAGUUGCGCAUAGAGUGGCACGUAAAGCUCUUUUGAUGUCCUCUUUAGAGUUAGUAUCCUUUGAUUUUGUAGGGUGACUUCACUAAGUGUUGCAUUGGGUGGGGUUUUGGGUAGACAUUUUUAACCAUUUUUCUCUUGUCUUUACUUGGAAAAAAAAUCACUAGAUGGAAAAAUGGAUCAUAUUUGAUAUGUAACAUGAAUUUGUAAAUAAAUUGCCUUUAUUAUAAUCUCCAAUACAAUUUUUGAGAUUUA